AUGUUGUAAGAUUAGAUAUCUUUGGCUGAAUUUGUGCUUUAGGAAGCGAGAGAGAAAUGCUUUGAAAUUGAAGUCAAGGCAUUCAAGUAAUUUGAGAAGGAGAAAAAGCAAAUUGUGGAAAAGGAGAAAUCGAACAUAUAGGAAGAAAUCAAUACAAAAUAUAAGAAGAAGGCUUAACAAGAGAGAAUCAAACAUAGUGCUCUUGUAAAUGGAGCUAGAAUGAGAUUGAUGAAUGCCAGAAACUAAGCCUUGACUAAGAUCUUCUCAGAUUCGCAAUAUCAAAUUUACAAAAUGAUUAGAUAAGAUGAAAAGUUUUAUGAGGAAUUAUUGAAAAAUUUAAUGGUUCAAGGAUUAAUUAAAUUAUUUGAACAUGAGGUUGUAGUGAGAUGUUUACAUCGUGAUAUCAGACAUGUAAGAAAUGUCAUAGAUGAUGCUAUUUCUGAAUUCUAAGAUAUUCUGAGGAAAGAAUUGAACGGAUUGGAAUUUGAAGUCAAAAUAGAGAUUGAUGAAGAGAAAUGUUUGGAUGAAAGAACUCUUAUUGACAAUUCAACAAAAAGUGUUUAGGAUUACUCAAUACAAGAAUCAGCAUCAGAAGUGAUAUCAAAAACUGAGAAUGAUAAAAAGUGUUUUGGUGGUAUUUUGAUGACAACCAAGGACGGUUUGAUUGUCUGCAAGAACACAUUAGAUGUUAGAACUGAAUAAACAUUUUAAGAUUCAUUGCCCAUCAUCAGAAGCACAUUAUUUGGAAAAUGAAGUCAUAAUAUUGAAAUAUUUUAUAUUAAAAUUAUAAUU